GCCAUGAUCGCCGACCUCAACGUUGAUCCACCUGAGAGCGAUGGCGAGGACUGCACGCUCAUUUCCCAUCCCGAUUCGAACACCAGGUGUUGACAACUUGAUGUGAACAUGUGAUGCAAGCCUAGUCAAUCUUAUGGGAUUUUGAUUGGUAAUUGUGCUAAUGAACUGUUGAGACACAGCCUUUUCAAAGGCAAAGAACUGAAGAUUUAAUCUGUUCCAUUCAUUAAUACAUGAUGAUGUUUUGAUGAAAUGCAUGGGAGACAGUUAUUGGGAGUUGUCAAGGAGGAGGUUAGGGGUUCCAGGGGUUACUGUAUAAGUUUGUCACAUCAAUUAUGAUCCAAUGGCACUAUCUAAUCUUUAUCUUUGACUCCAGUUUGAAUGCCUUUUCUAUCAUUAAAUUUUAUAAUCCAUGCUGUUUUAAAGGUAUUCCAUUUCAAUUUUAUAUUUCCAUUAUUUUUAUCCAACCAUUUAUUCGAAUUGUGUACCCCAGAUUCUGCAGCUUUCCGAUUCAUAAAAUUUUCUUCUAUUAGUGUAAAUACCAAGUUUAACGUUCAUUGUUCUUAUCUCAUUGUCUCAUGUCUUUUGACAACAUGCCUCCUUAUCCUCUAGUGUAACCUUAAGUUUGCAAUUCUGUUAUAUUCUAUUCUGAUGUAAACAUGAUUUCCAAAACAUGGUUUGUGGAGAAAGUUGGUAUUUGUUGGUUGUCCCUUAUAUGAAAUUUCCAUCUUUCAUCUUUAGAUAUUCUACUUCCGAUUAGUCUGGUUCUUUUUUUUUUUUCAAACAAGUUUUAGUUAGAGUUACUAUGUCUUUUACUUGCUGUAUUGCAUUAUUCAUAUUUGGAACACAUUUAUUAUCAAUUAAAUGACUGAAACCAGUAAGUGGCGGGCAUUCUUGUAGAAGGUUGAGUUAUGUGAUUAGUUCAGAUUUUUUGCAUUGUAAGUUAAUCUUCUAUCCUGCUGCUGUCUGUCUGCAGUUCUGAAUGCACCAGUGGAUCCUAAUUACCACCUUCACAUUUCAUUGUUGUAAUCAUCAUCAUUACUAUUGGGUGACUAACAAUGACGAUAGCAGCUUAGUUAAAACUACAGUAAUUGCCAGAGAUGCUGAUGUAAUUGAAGGAGAAGAUCUCGAUCAACAAUGCCCUGUGGUUUCUAUGUCACGGGAGGAGAAAGUUGGCAGCCUAAAAGCUGGCUUGGUUCAUGUUGCACGAAAAAUGCCAAAAAAUGCCCAUGCUCACUUUAUACUUGGCCUAAUGCAUCAAAGAUUGGGUCAACCGCAGAAGGCAGUUUCAGCAUUUGAAAAAUCAUCUGAGAUACUGUUACGGGACGAAGAGGAAAUUCGCCGGCCUGAUUUGCUGUCUUUAGUGUUGACACAUCAAGCACAGUGCAUUUUGCAAGGAAAUUCAGGGGAUAACUCAGACAAAGAACUUGAAGCUGAAGAAUUAGAAGAAAUUCUGACCAAAAUGAAAGAUUCUGUGCUGUCAGAUGUCAAGCAAGCAGCUGUUUGGAACUCACUUGGCUUAAUACUUAUGAGGACCAACCGUUUGCAGAGUGCCAUAUCAAUUUUAUCAUCCCUCUUGGUUUUUGUCCCUGACUACUUAGAUUCACUUGCAAAUCUUGGUGUUGCAUAUCUUCAAAGUGGUAAUCUGCAACUCUCUGGAAAAUGCUUCCAAGAUCUAAUCUUGAAGGAUCACAACCAUCCUGCCGCCUUUGUGAACUAUGCAGUCUAUCUUUUGUGUUACUAUGGAUCAGUAAUUGCAGUUUCAGGUGCCGGUGCUUGUGCGAGUGAAGGAGCUGAUCCGCAUCAAGUUGAAGCUACCGCUGUUGCAAAAGAGUGUCUUCUGUCAGCCAUAAAAUCUGAUCCAAAAUCCGGGCCCCUAUGGGUGAAUCUUGCUAACGCAUACGAUGUGGCCGGUGAACAUAGGAAUGCAAAGAAGUGCUUAGAGCAGGUAGCAAAAUUGGAACCCAGUCAAAUGUCUGCACGGUAUGCCAUUGCCGUUCAUCGUAUCAAAGAUGCCGAAAGGUAUCAGGAUUCAACAGAACAGCUUUCCUGGGCAGCAAAUGAAAUGUAUUCAAUACUGAAAGAAGGUGACCCUGCAAUAAUUGAUCUUACCACAGCAUGGGCUGGGUUAGCUAUGGCCCAUAGAGCUCAACAAGAGAUUUCCGCUGCAUAUGAAACUGGAUCAAAGGACUUGGCAGAGACAGAAGAGCGAGCUCUCUACGUGUUAAAACAAGCAAUUGAGGAGGAUCCUGAUGAUUCUGUGCAAUGGCAUCAGCUUGGUCUGCACUAUUUAUAUAGAUUACAGUUCAAGACAUCGGUGCGCUUCCUCAAGGCUGCAUUGGCUCGUCGCAAGGAAUGUGCUUAUGCCUGGUCCAAUCUUGGUAUCUGUCUGCAACUAUCUGGCGAUCCAUCUUCGGCCGAAGAAGCAUACAAGCGAGCUAUCUCAUUGUCGACACCACAACACGUGCACGCCACCCUGUCUAACCUGGGAAAUCUUUACCGUCAACAGAGAAGAUACGAACAUGCAAAGGCAAUCCUUACAAAAUCUCUGGAACUCUCCUCCGGAUACGCACCAGCACACAACAAUCUCGGUCUCGUGUUUGUGGCCGGACGCCAGUUAGAUGAAGCUAUAGCCUCCUUCGACAAGGCUCUCCAGUUAGAUCCAUUGCUUGAUGCUGCUAAAUCAAAUAUGGCGAAAGCUAUCGCCAUGUCUAAGAAGCCGGAAACCACAUAAGCAUUCGCUUUGCGUAAUCAAACAUGAUGAUACAUCGGCACAAAGAGUUUCCUCAGAAGGCUCGACACUCACCGAAAAUCUUUGAAAUUCGGAGUUCCAGACACCAACUAUCCUGGAAAAAAAAAUGCAGGCAUCAACCAAGCUCUGAGGGAGUGAAUUAUCCGAAAUUUUCCGAAUUUUUCGAAUUUUUCCUUUGGUUGAUGCUAAUGUUUUAGGAUUCUAGAUUUGUAUCCAGUAAAUGAACAGAUUUUAUUUCUUAUAAACAGACCAUUAGUGAUUGAUGUACAGUGAGAGUAUUUCAUUUCUUAUAAUUCUAUUGUAGCUUGUUUAUUUU